AAUCAUGAUGAGCCUCCAGACCCCACCCAGGCUCCUGGAGCUGGCGGGAAAGAGCCUGCUGGGGAAAGAGGCUAUGACCAUCUAUACUCUGGAAGAGCUGCCCAUAGAGCUCUUUCCACCCCUGUUCAUGGAGGCCUUUACCAGGAGAUGCAGUGAGACACUGAAGGCAAUGGUGCAGGCCUGGCCCUUUCCCAGGCUUCCUCUGGGCUCCCUGAUGAAGACGCCUCAAUUGGAGAUCUUAAAAGCUGUGCUGGAUGGACUUGAUGGACUGCUUUUCCAGUUCGUUCACCCCAGGAGGUGGAAACUGCAAGUGCUGGAUUUACGGAAUGUUGAUCAGAACUUCUGGAGUGUAUGGUCUGGAGCCACUGUGUCCUCCCCAGAGGCCAUGAGUAGGAGGAAACCAGUGGAAGACUGUCCAGGGAGCAGAAGGCAGCAGCCAUUGAAGGUGUUUGUAGACUUUCAUCUCAAUGAAAGAAGCAUGGAUGAAUUCUUUACCUGCCUCUUUCAGUGGGCCAAACUGAGAAAUGGUUUAUUACACAUAUGCUGUAAGAACCUGAAAAUCUUUGAAACGUCCAUCAAAAAUAUCAGAAAGGCCCUAAAACUAGUUGAUCUGGAUUGUAUCCAGGAGGUAGAAGUGAAUUGCACCUGGACACUGUCCACCCUGGCAGGGUUUGCUCUUUACCUGGGCCAGAUGCAUGAUCUCUACAAAUUGGUCCUCUCCCACAUCUAUGUUUCUCCCUACAUUUCCCCAGAAAAGGAGGAGCUUGUCGCCCAAUUCACCUCUCAAUUCCUCAAGUUGGAACACCUCCAGGAGCUCUACAUGGACUCUGUCUCUUUUCUUGAAGGCCACCUGGACCAGUUGCUCAGGUGCCUGAAGGACCCCUUGGAGACCCUGGCAAUAACUAACUGCCUGCUGUCCAGAUCAGACCUGAGGCAUCUGUCCCAGUGCCCGAGCAUCAGUCAGCUGAAGGUCCUGGAACUCACUGGUGUCAGACUGACCCACUUCAGUCCCAAGUCUUUCCACAUUCUGAUAGAGAAGAUAGCUGCCACUGUCCAGACCCUGGACUUAGAUGAAUGUGGUAUCUUGGACUCCCAACUCAAUGCCAUCCUGCCUGCCCUGAGCCAUUGCUCUCAGCUCACCACCUUCAGCUUUCGUGAAAAUGCCAUCUCCAUGGCCGCCCUGGAGAACCUGCUUCACCAAACUGUCAGGAUGAGCACUCUAAGCCUAGAGCUGUACGAUGUCCCUCUAGAGACAAGUGCAGCCUGGGUGCGCUCCACCACAGGAGUUUCGCCCAGCUCUAGGAUGAGCUGA